AUGAACGACUCCAAAGACAGACUCGAUGACUUGGCCUCCCUCUUCAUUCCCGACAUUCUCCACCACGUCUCGCCUCCUGCGCCUGCUCCUGCCGACGCCACGCCCGUCACCGUAAAGCAGGAGGAUUUGGACUACAGCUACCACCAGCGCGAUGCCAUCGACUCCAUGGCGUCUCCCACCUCCAAACAGCACGCCAGUCUGCUAGGAACCAACACUGGAGGGUCCAGCAACUACAGCAACUUCAUGAACAACAACAACUUCAUUGGCAGCCACACCAGCUUUGCCUCCACACCUUCAGGACCCGUUUCAAACCCCCAGCAGAACCUCCAGCAGAACCAGCAGUAUCCCAUGAUGGCGCCGUUCGACAUGCCGUUGGCGCCACAGCACAUUGGGCACUACAACACCAAGCACCACCCGCAGCACAUGUCGCUCUCGUUGUUCCAGAUGAACCCCUACAACCAGCAGCUCGUGCUGCAGCAGCAACAGCAGCAGCAGCAGCAACAGCAGCCGCAAAUGCAGACACAAGGGUCCCAGCAGUGGCUGAGCCAGCAGCAGCAGCAGUUGCAUAUGCUCCAGCAGCAACAGCAGCAACUCCAGCAGCUCCAGCAGCUCCAGCAACAGCCGCAGGCGUCGCAUGUCCAGGACGACCAGUACGCCCAGAUGAUGCAGUUCCAGCCGUCCCACGGCCUCCAUGCGUCCAAUUCGUCCUCCAACUUCCUCAACACGGCUGCCUUCUCGAAAAAUGCCAACAGAGACCUCAACUGGUUCGCCAAUUCUGCCUUGGACUCCUCGAUGGGCAUGCCUACGUCUGCGUCCUCCAACCUCUACAACAACUCGCCAUUCAUCGAUUCCUCAGAGAAAAUCUCCAGUCCCGAGCCCUCCAACCUCGCCGAGCUCGAGGCUCCGUCUGCCAUCGAAACAGCACCACCUCCCAGCGUAGACCCCUCGGAACCAGCAAAAAAACGGAUGAAAACCAAAAAGAAAGACAUCAAAGGCUCUGAGUACGAGUUGGACUACACCAAAAAAAAGUGCAGGGCGUUGUUGGAUUUCAAGAAGGGUACGGCUGUGUCCCACACACCUGAAGAGUACAAAAUCGUCGACAAGGACGACAACGAGGUGGAAGUCGACUUCAAUGGCUUUUUGAACGGACGUUUUCUCACCAACGACACCGAUAAUAUCGUCUACAUCUUCGCGAAGAAAAAUGACGAAGACAAGGAUGCGAGCGACGAAAUGGAUGCCCCCGAUCCAUCAGUGAAACAGGACCCUAGGGUGAUUUCUUGCUACAGGAGAAAUUACAUCCAGAUCUCCAUGAACAUGAACAUUAAGGGAUUCAAACUGAACGACAAACUCCUCCGAGUGCGCAGCAGCGAGUACGGAUACUCCAUCACAAGGGUCAUCAAGUACUUCAAGAUCGAGGUGCUGGCUGUUACCAGCCUCAACAACAGAAGCGUUCCUAUCUUUAUCAAGAUCGUGAAGAAGGAUAAGGACAAGGCCGAGAAGCUCAAAAAGGACAAUCCCGAUAUAAUCCAGCCCUCCCAUAUGAACGAGAAUGAACACGUAGUGAUUCUCAACGACGAUGUUUCGCUUGAAAACGGCGAAAUCGAUCAGUAUUUCAUCAUCAAUAAGUUGCAGUUCAAAAAUGCCACUCCCAACAAUGGUAACUCCACGUUCCAAAACUACUACCGGUUAAAAAUCAAGUUGAGUGCAGUUGUGGCAGAUUUGUAUUACGACGACUAUGUAGAUGAUGAGGUGAACAACUUGGGUGCUGGACAGGGUGGAAACAGUCUGGACAAUAACGAAAUCGUUCUACACGAAAUUACAAGUGAACCGAUCAUUGUCAGAGGCAGAAACCCUAAUUUCUAUACUGAAAAGAACGACAUCUUGAUUAAGGGAAGACUGAGCACUUCAAAGAAGAGUUUCGAUUUAUUCACCAGAGAUGAUGAUGAUGAAGAAGAUGAAGAACCAGAAGAGACUUUGGGCAACCCCAGUCAACCUCACUCCUCUGUCGAGAAACUGGACACCAAAAGAGCCUCACAAACGGCCCCAAGUGUUAAAGUCAUGAACAGCAUGUUAAACGAUGCCAUGGAUGAAGAUGAAGAGAUCUCAUCUGGAGCAGCAUCGUCGAUUGAGGAGGAGUCCACAAGUCAAAGAAUGACAAGGCCUCCAAGUGGCAGCACUGAAGGCUCGCAAAAAGACCAAGCCAAGAACAGUUCAGUUCCACCAUUGGCGUAUUCUGGAAAUAAUGCGACAGUUUUGGACUUGAAAUCAAUUAAAAGGUACAAGUACUUCCCCAUCUCUAACGUGUACUACUUGCCCCCUAUCAAUGUUGUCUAUUUCCCACACAGAGCCCAUCAAGGCAACAGUGCAAAGGACAGCGAAAACAAUAGUCGGGUUGAUGAGAUUGUAAGUGAGAGAAGAAAGAGCUCCAAUGUCUAUUUUAAGUGA